GCACCGGUCACGUGGGCAACUGUCUAGUUCUGGUUCAUGCGUCUAUAAAUUCUCCUUCUUAUAUGAAGUUGUUCCUUUCCCAAGUAAGACGCCGAGUCCAUCAACAGAGUAGCUGCGACUUGUAAUAGAAUCAUGGCAGAAGACCAGGCUUUUGUGACUUUGGCGACCAAUGACAACUAUGCCAGGGGAGCCAUGGUCCUGGGCAAGUCCCUGAGGAACCACCAGACAACCAGGAAGCUGGUGGUGAUGAUCGGCCCCCACGUCUCUGACCCCUGCAAAGGAGUGCUUCUGAAGAUCUUUGACGAGGUACUGUUGGUAGAUGUGUUGGACAGCGGAGACUCAGCUAACCUGGCCCUGAUGAAGAGACCUGACCUGGGAGUCACCUUCACCAAGCUGCACUGCUGGACCCUUACACAAUACUCCAAAUGUGUCUUCAUGGAUGCAGACACACUGGUGGUACAGAACAUAGAUGAGUUGUUUGACAGAGAGGAGCUGUCUGCGGCCCCGGAUCCCGGCUGGCCAGACUGUUUCAACUCUGGCGUGUUCGUGUUCCGACCCUCCAACGAGACGUACAGCAAACUGCUCCAGUACUGCGCAGAACAUGGCAGCUUCGAUGGAGGAGACCAGGGGAUCUUGAAUGGCUUCUUCAGUAACUGGGCAACAGCAGAUAUAUCGAAACACCUCCCCUUCAUCUACAACCUCAGCAGCAUAGCAAUCUACACUUACCUUCCUGCAUUCAAACAAUACGGUGGCAACGCCAAGGUGGUCCACUUCCUGGGUCAGACGAAGCCCUGGAGCUACACGUACGACCCCAAGACCAAGAGGGUCAGCGGGGACAUGCAGGAGACCUCCACACACACCAGCUUCCUCCUGGACUGGUGGUUCCUCUACUCUUCCUCUGUGGUGCCCAUGAUGGUGGAGGGAUACGGAGACCAGCCUUUCCACUCUGGCUGUGUGGAAGUCCAUCUAGAAUUCCAGUCCCCUGUCAAAGAAAAUGGUGACCACCAUGGUCACUGGCCUGGGUCAUGGUCACUGAUCAAUAGUCACAAGGAAGGUGGUUGGAAGGUAUGAUGAAGACUAGUUGUAUGUUAAGCCCAGCAUCACAACCAACACCUGGUCACUAACUGUCACUGCUUCUUGUGGACAAUCUGUUUGUACAACAACAACCUGGCUUUGCUAAUACCAUAGCCGUGUGUUCACUGAUGAUCGAGUAGAUGGGUGGUUUGCAGUAGUGGAAGUAUCUUGAUAUAAAUGCCAGGUUUUUAGAUCACUGUUCUACUGUCCUGUUCUGUUACUGCACUGACUGCAAAGGAACCAGAGCUCUUAGUCUUGUGGCUUGUUCCGUAAUUGAUCAAAUCGCUCCCUUCUAAUAUUCUUUUUGUUCUCCCUCCUCCUCCUCCAGGGAAGCAGCUUGUCACACGACUCCCGUCACACUGA